UUUUGAAGGGCAGAGCUCGGCUUGGCAAAUUUGGGUUCUCUUCCAGUUUUCUCUGCUAUCUGCGAAUUCGCAAUCCUCGUCUACGCACGGAUUCCUUCAAUUUUUUUGGGUCUAGAGAAUCAAUGGAGCUCCAGGUUCUUUCUGGGUUGCAGCAAGGAGUCCAUCGAUAUCAAAGUCCUUUGAGCACCCAUAAUAGCAGAAAAUUGUCUUGGUCUUUCGAUCCCGCAGUAAGCUGCUGCGUUUUGGCCACCAAAUUCAGGAAUCCGAGUACCUUAAGCAGGCAAAAAAUCAAUAGUACUGUAGUGGUGGAGUGUUGCAGCAACAGUGAAGGAAAAAGUGGGGAAAAGAGAUCAGUGGCGAAGACGGACGUGGUUCUGAAAGCUGGGAGUGCAGUGGUGGUGACGGAGGCGCCUCCGCUUUUGAAGACCGCAGAACCCAUGCCCAUGAUGCGCCCUAACAAUGGGCUUAUCAACGUUGGUGAUGCAGGCCGAGUAAUCGACAGAAGACCCAAGGAUACGUGGGCUGUGCGAUUUGCGGUUGGAUCAUAUCUUAUUGACCGCAAGUACUUUGAACCACUGCAAGAUUUGUGACCAAGUAAGAUGUCAUGCUGCGCUUCCAUGACGCCGUGACUUGCAUCCUAAAGACUCAUGUGCAGGAUAUGGCAACACCUAUGGACCAGGUUGUGGAGGUGUACAUUAGACUUGAUUUUCGCUUGAUAGUUAUACUUUCUAAUUUAUUAGACGCAAGCUCUACUGCUUUAAGCAAAGUUUGUCAAAGUGAUAAUUACUUGCUCAUCUGAUGGCUUUUCUCCACCAUCCAUCCGAUGACAGAUGUCUACCAAGUUACGAUGUCGAUCCGACAAUUAAGUGAACAUCACGGAAUCUAGCCCUCAGAAAUCUUUUCAUUUUUCUCA